AAAGGAUUCCAUUCCGUGCCAGUAAAAGGGUUGCAUUAUACUCACCUAUUACACGCGCAACGGGCUGAGCUGGCCGGACUUUAAUUAUAGGAGAAGGACAUCUUGAUUGUCAACCACCAUCCACAUCACAUCACACUCUUUUCAACCCUCUCACUCUUUAGCAAAUAUGCAUUCGUCCCUGGUGGUCGUUCUGUUCUCGUCCCUGUUUGUGGCCACUGUGAGCGGCACACAGUGCAACAUAACUAACCCGUGCCCCAAAUCUGCUCCUUGUUGUAGUGAAUUUGGUUUUUGCGGGACGGACGACUUCUGCCUCGGCGGUUGUAACCCCCUCACCUCCUUCUCUCUCACCUCCUGCAAGCCCAACCCUGUAUGCAAGUCUACAACGUACAACUUCAGCAACACUUCGCGGAUUCUCUCUAAUGCCACUUACUUUGACGGUGAUGUAGAGAAGUACGAUUGGACAGUUGAUAAAGGUUCCAUUCAAAACUCAGGAAGCGACAUAGCCAUGAUUUUGACGUCAUCUAACGGUGGAACGAGGCUCUCAUCCACGAGAUAUGUUCAUUAUGGAAAAAUCACCGCUACAAUGAAGACCGGUCGAUGGCCAGGCGUAGUAACUGCUUUCAUCACCAUGAGUAAUAUCAAGGACGAAAUAGACUGGGAAAUGCCUGGCAACCGCGUCACCGAAGCUCAGACCAACCUUUUCUGGCAAGGUCAUGUUCCCGCCACGACAAAUGGAGAUACCUCAAAGGGUCUUUCUGACACCUUCGCCAAUUAUCAUGACUAUGCAAUCGAUUGGCAACCUGAAGAACUCAAUUUUUUGAUCGAUGGAAAGGUUGUCAGGACUGUCAAGAAGAGUGAUACAGUAGAUUCCAGGGGUGUAUCGACUUAUCCCAGCACCCCCUCUCGUGUUCAGCUAUCGAUCUGGCCCGCUGGAGUUCCUUCUAUGCCCCAAGGCACCAGAGAUUGGUCUGGAGGCGACAUCAACUGGAAUGAUCCUGACUACAAGGCUGCUGGCCAGUUCUAUGCCCAGGUCAAAUCUGUCAGCAUCGAAUGCGCAGAUAAGCUCCCCGACCGUAACAUCACUUCUUAUGCUUAUGGCACCAACUCGACCACUGACACACCCAGUGUUGCGUAUUCCAAUGCCUCCGUUUUGUUGAAUGAAGGUGUUAGUAUGAGAGAUCUCUCUGUUGGAGGCGCUAGCGGGAUGGUAAUGAACAUCACUGCUGUUCUGAUGGGGGUUGCACUUUUAAUCUAAUCCAUAACCGUUCUCGAACGAAUCGCAA